GAAUUACAUACAAGUGACUUCUUUAAAUGCAUUGCAUAUAAGAGAAGGAUUUAGUUGUUAUUCAGUAACGAAAUGAAUAUGUUCAUUCGUUCGAUAAUAUUAUUGACGUUAUUAUUGAUAAUUAACAAUGGUAAAAACAAAUUGGUUUAUGCAAAUUCCGGAUUGAUUAUCAAUUUUUUACAAUCGAACAUCGCUGGAUUACCUAAUACGCAUCAAGAAACCGAAUGGAAUUUUGAUCCCGAUGUUGGAAAACAAAGAAGAAUCGAUUACGAGGCAGUAAAUGGUUUUCGUGGUGAAAAAGCCAUAGCCAAAUUGGGCACGGGAAUUGGAUAUUCUGGAUCAUGGGGUACACCUAGUAAAAAACAAUUGAACAGGCAAUAAAAACGUUAAUUGUUUUAAACAAAAUAAAAAUAAAGAAUCCGUUAAAUGUGAAGAACGUUUUAAUUAAUUAAACACAACGAAAUAUUCUUAUAUUGUUAAUACAUCGAUAAUAUUGUUUUCCGAUUGUGAGAUGAUGAUUAUCUGUUAUAAUAACAACAACAAAAUUGUUUGAUCAAAAUAAUUGGUAAUUUGAUUAACCACCUCGUGAUGUUUUUUAUGAUAUAAAAUGAAAACAUUUUAACGAUUGAUCACAACGUCAUUCGUUGUUUCGUUGUAUUCAUUCGU